AUGAAAGAUCAAUACCUGAAGGAUUUGACAGUUCACUUGAACGAAAGCAAUGCGGCGCCCGCGAAUACCAGCAUGGCUGUCGCAUCUUUCAAUAUGCCACACGAAAUAACAAGAAGGAUGAGGCCACUUGGUGUUGAUACUGACACAAGCUUGAGUUCGUGCCCCUCCUGGCGUCGUCUUCAAGAAUUAUACGAGAUUCACGGAAGCGAGAGCAUUUUGAAGAAUUUUGACGAAUGUAAGGAUCGUUUCCAACGAUACUCGCUUGAGGUGGAUUUGAGAAGCAGUGACAAAAACUUUGUUUUUUUGGAUUACUCAAAGACACACAUAAAUGAUGAAAUAAAAGACGUUCUUUUUAAGUUGGUUGAAGAGAGAGGUAUUCGCGCGUUUAUGCGGGCAUUGUUUGCUGGAGAAAAGGUUAAUACGGCCGAAAAUCGUUCAGUGCUUCAUAUUGCUUUGCGAAAUCGAAGCAAUCGUCCCAUUUUUGUGGAUGGACAUGACGUUAUGCCCAUGGUAAACAAGGUACUUGAACAAAUGAAGAAAAUAUCAGAAAAGGUCAGGAGAGGUGAGUGGAAAGGUCAGUCAGGAAAGCCUAUCCGCCAUGUUGUGAAUAUUGGGAUUGGAGGCAGUGAUCUCGGUCCCAUGAUGGCAUGUGAAGCCUUGAAACCUUUUUCAGAUCGGAGAAUAUCCAUGCAUUUUGUUUCUAAUAUUGAUGGAACACACUUGUCUGAAGUCUUGAAAUUGGUCGACUUGGAAUCAACUCUUUUUAUAAUUGCCAGCAAAACAUUCACUACACAAGAAACCAUUACGAAUGCUUUGUCCGCACGGAGUGAGUUUUUGAAGUUUUUAAGUUCUCGAGGCAUUCCAGAAGCUGGUGCUGUUGCAAAGCACUUUGUUGCACUUUCAACAAAUGCGGAAAAAGUCAAAGAAUUUGGUAUUGAUGAAGCGAAUAUGUUCCAAUUUUGGGACUGGGUCGGUGGCCGAUACUCAUUGUGGUCCGCCAUUGGUUUAUCUGUCAUGAUUUCAAUUGGGUACGACAAUUUUGUGGAGUUCUUAACUGGUGCACACAUCAUGGAUGAACACUUUAUCAAUGCACCCACGGAAAACAAUCUCCCUAUUAUUUUGGCUUUGGUUGGUAUUUGGUACAAUAACUUCUUUGGAAGUGAAACCCAAGCCAUCCUACCAUAUGAUCAAUACUUAUGGAGGUUGCCAGCGUACCUUCAGCAGCUUGACAUGGAAAGCAAUGGAAAGGGUGCCACCAAAAACGGCCGAAUGGUGUCAACGCACACUGGUCCUAUUAUUUUUGGGGAAGCUGGCACCAACGGCCAACAUGCUUUUUAUCAACUUAUUCAUCAAGGGACAAAGUUAAUUCCGUGCGACUUCAUCGGCGCGAUUCAAACUCAAAAUUAUAUUGGAGAACAUCACCGAAUUUUGAUGAGCAACUUUUUUGCUCAGACAGAGGCACUGAUGAUUGGUAAGACCCCUGAGGAGGUUAAAAGGGAACUGGAAUCCGCGGGAGGAAAGUCUGAGGAUGAGAUUCAAUUGUUGAUACCACAAAAAACCUUCACUGGGGGACGUCCAAGCAACUCCUUGUUGGUAAAGGCUCUCACUCCACGGGCAUUGGGUGCCAUUAUUGCCAUGUAUGAGCACAAAGUUCUUGUCCAAGGAGCUAUUUGGGGGAUUAACAGCUAUGAUCAAUGGGGUGUGGAACUGGGGAAGUUACUUGCCAAGUCCAUUCUUCCACAACUUCAGCCUGGUCAAAAGGUUACAAACCAUGAUUCUUCGACAAAUGGCCUCAUUAAGCUAUUCAACGAACGCUCUCACUUGUAA